AUGCCGGUGGCCCUGGGCUCCCCGGGCGCCCCCGCAGCCCCGCCCUGGGCCAACCAGAGCUCCGGCCGCGAGUUCGUCCCGCUGGGCUCCGCGCACGUGCCCGCGCUGCGGCCGCUGCUGGCCGCGCUCUUCCUGGCCGUGUUCCUGCUCGCGCUGCUGGGCAACGCGCUCGUCGUGCUGCUGACCGCCCUGGACCCGGCCCUGCGCGCGCCCGUGUACUUCCUCCUGCGCCACUUGGCCCUGGUGGAGAUCUGCUUCUCGCUGGACAUCGUGCCCCGGCUGCUGGUGACGCUGCUGCGGCCCGGGCGGGGCGUGUCACCCGCGGGCUGCGCCCUGCAGCUGCUCCUCCUGCUGUCCUGUGUCACGUCCGAGUGCUUCCUCCUGACCGCCAUGGCCUGGGACCGCUAUGUGGCCAUCUGCAGGCCCCUGCGCUAUGGCGCCAUCGUGAGCCCACGGCUCUGCCGCCUGCUGGCCGCCACGUGCUGGCUAGGUGGAGUCCCCGUGUCGCUGGUCUUCACCAUCUGGCUGUUCCACUUCCCCUUCUGUGGGCCACGUGUCAUCCGCCACUUCUUAUGUGACGUCUCCCCUCUGCUGAGUCUGGUGUGUGUGGACACCAGGGUCUUUGAGGCCAACGUGUUGGUGGCCACAGUGAUGAUUAUGAUUGUUCCCUUCUGUCUGAUAGUCGCUUCCUACACCAAGAUUCUGGCCACUGUCCUGCAGAUGCCAUCGGCCACAGGGUGCCACAAGGCCCUGUCCACCUGUGCCUCCCACCUCAUGGUGGUGGUUCUGUUUUAUGGCACAACGGGGGUCAUCCACUUGCGACCCAAGGCCAGCUACUCCCCAGAGAGCAAGCAGGUGGUGUCCCUCUCCUACACCCUGGUGACCCCCAUGCUCAACCCUCUCAUCUACAGCCUUCGGAACAAGGAGGUGAAGGCUGCCCUGGGGCGCGUGUGUGUUCAAAGACGAGGAUCCCAUAUUCCAUGA